CAACGCAACUACUCCUUCGAUCUACCCUCCUCCGAUUGCUUCCAUUUCACGUCGGACUAGGGUUCCGAUGAUCUCAUCCAUAAGUUUUCAAUGCCUUUGAUUUUUGGCGUCUUCGAAGAAUGACAAAUUUUAGUGGAGCAUUUUCCAUUACUGAAGCUUCAUCUCCCACCGAAGCAGGUCCGGCCCGAACCGGAACCGGAGCCGGAACCGCCGGUCGAGAUGACUUCAUAUUCCGGUUGUCCAGCUCUGCAACUGCGUGCCAUGGGUUCUGGCACGAUGCGGCACUGGUAUUACCAUCGGUUUUGUUCGUACUAUACUUAGGGUUUCAUGCUAGGAGCAACAUUAAGAAGCUCAGUCACCGUCGGUCUUUUGUAAUGAUUGGAUACUAUGGACUUCUGUGGUUUGCUGUUCUUUUAAACCUUGGUUGGUGCUUUCUUCAGGUAUGGCAGUGCACUCCAGGGAAGCAGGUGGCUUGGAAUCUUUUAUCGUUGUUUGCAACGUCUGCAAUGCUAUUUCUGGAGAUUAGCAUAGUGGCGUUCUUACUUAAGGAGAAUUAUGCGAGCUGUUUGGAAACUUUAGCACGCACUUUCAUUGUUUCAGGCCUUUUUGUCGGCGUGGAUUUACUGUUAAAGGCAAUUUUUAUAUUUGGAUUUGGUGUUCCACUUUUCCUUGACAUGGAAAUAGCUGAUAGGGGGAAGUGGGGUGUCUGGUGCACCAACAAGCUUCUUCUUACUGCAGCUUAUGGCUACAUAUUGUUUGUGCAUUUCUCAAAGUGGAGAGAUAAGCUGCCUCCACGUCCAGCCUUCUACAACUACGUCAUCGUCAUGUUUGUGACAACUGCUGUAAUGUUAUUUGCCUGUGGGCUUGCAGGCAUUAGUGGCGGCUUUGGACUUUGGUUGUAUAAUUUGACAGUAGUUUGUUAUCACUCGCUUUAUCUUCCAUUUCUUUAUGUGACAUUCCUGGCUGAUUUUUUCAAGGAGGAAGAUUGGCUUCUGGACAGCGCAUACUACUCAGAGAUGAAAGAUGCAGGAUUUUUUGAUGCAGACUGGGAGUAAGCUUGUAAAACUGUAAACAAAUAAGCAAUUCCAACAUGUAAUUGUAAAUAUUGACUGGCUGGUAUUGUGACAAACAAAACCAAUAGUUAUUCAAGUGA